UUCGAGUACAUUGACUUUCAGUAAGCUAUGUUUUUUAUUUGUUGACACACAUUUUACCAUAGCGCAGGGCUGGUGCCUUUAAGCACUGAAGAUCUUUUCCAGUACAUUCAGGCUCUGUCAUUCAUUCUAUGUCAAUUGUUCUGAGUGCAGCACUAGAUGAGACGAUCACUUAUUUUUUAAAAGACACUUUUUUUAAACUGGUACACCUAAUGAGAUAUCACGAAAAUCAUAAUGGCAUGGGUAGAACAUAUGUAGAUCUUUUUUAAACGACUGCAUUCCUUUCUUAAAAGCUUUGCAGAAUUCGAUUUUUAUUGUCUUCAGUUCCUACUGCAUUACAAUCAUGGACAACUUGACGGGUUCGGAAAAGUCUCAGCUUAUCAAUGAGAAGAAAGCGCAAAUGUACAGUCAAAAAUUAAAAAGCCCAGUCACAGGAUCCAAGGAGGUGUAUCCAGACUUCCCAUUUGAGAACGGCAACUCAGGCACGGCAAUCGAGCUGGAGCAACACGUCAGACAGCAUUGCCAUGGUAGAGCGACCAAGACCGUUGAAAGCAGAGAGACGCAGUUGGCAAGGAAGAAACUCUACAUCGCUUCCGUCAUAUGUUUGAUAUUCAUGAUUGGAGAGGUUAUUGGUGGCUACUUAGCUCAUAGCUUGGCGAUCAUGACUGAUGCAGCGCAUUUACUCACAGACUUUGGGAGUAUGAUGGUCAGCUUAUUCUCCCUGUGGAUUUCAUCAAGAUCCCCCACCAAGACCAUGAACUUUGGUUGGCAGAGAUCAGAGAUUUUGGGAGCCCUUGUGUCGGUGUUGUCUAUCUGGAUUGUGACAGCGGUGCUGGUAUACCUGGCCAUCAUCAGGAUCGUCAACAAUGACUAUGAGAUCGAAGGCUAUGUGAUGGUGAUUACCUCUGGCUGCGCCGUUGGCGUUAAUGUUAUAAUGGCCUACAUUCUACACCAGUCCACCACGUUUCACAGUCACAGCCAUGGCUCUGGUUAUCACAAACUAGAUGAUGCCGUCAAGAGCCCAGAGAGUCUUGGUCAUGGACACUCACACUUUGGUCACCAUGGCAACACCAGCGUGCGAGCUGCCUUCGUCCAUGUCAUUGGAGAUCUACUUCAGAGUGUCGGAGUGCUGAUUGCGGCAAUUAUUAUUUAUUUUAGGCCUGAAUACAAAGUAGCAGAUCCAAUAUGUACCUUCCUGUUCUCUGUUUUCGUCCUGGGAACGACUGUCACCAUCUUAAGGGAUGUCUUCAGAAUACUAAUGGAAGGUGCCCCAAAGACAAUACAGUUUAAUACUGUGAAGGAGGUCCUGCUUUCUCUAAAAGGUGUGAAGGGAAUGCACAGCCUGCACCUGUGGGCCUUGACGCUCAGUCACACAAUGCUCUCAGUCCACAUUGCCAUUGAAGAGGAUGCUGACGCACAAACAGUGCUUAAGGAAGCCACAGAGCUCCUGCAGAAUAAGUUUGACUUCUACAGCAUGACCAUUCAAGUGGAGAACUACUGUGAAGACAUGUCACACUGCACACAGUGUCAAGACCCAACAGACUGAGACUGAUGCAGUCCCAGGAUUCUCAGGAACCCCCCGGCCCGCUCCCCUGGGAGGAUGAAAGGGGCUUUCUGAUCUAGGGGUUUUAAUGUCUGCCAGUGUACAAAUUAUUGAGACACAUUUUCAAGGCAUUAUUACAUUAUGUAACCAGAGGUAGAAAAUCAAAUAACACUUUAG